AUGUACUUGAGGAUUUCUGUUAUUUACGCUAACAUUUUGACGGUAAUCAUUCUGUCGCAGCUGGUGGCUCGGCGUCAAAAGUCCUCCUACAACUACCUUUUAGCUCUUGCGGUGGCUGACUUGCUCGUCCUUUUCUUCAUCGUCUUUGUUGACUUCUUGUUGGAAGAUUUCAUCUUGAAGAAGAAGAUGCCUGAAGUCCUGGACAAAAUUAUUGAGGUGUUAGAGUUCUCCUCCAUCCACACUUCCAUCUGGAUUACCGUCCCUCUCACGAUCGACCGGUACAUCGCCGUCUGUCAUCCCCUCAAAUACCACAUGGUCUCCUAUCCUGCUCGCACCCGCAAAGUGAUUGGGAGCGUUUAUAUUAUUUGCUUUCUAACCAGCAUCCCGUACUACUGGUGGCCGAACAUCUGGAAGGAAGACUACACAAGCACGCUUGUUCAUCACAUCCUCAUCUGGAUCCACUGCUUCACCAUCUACCUGAUCCCCUGCUCCAUCUUCUUCAUCUUGAACUCCAUUAUUGUCUACAAGCUUCGACAGAAGUGCAACUUCCGUCUGCGAGGCUAUUCCACUGGGAAGACCACCGCCAUCUUGUUUACCAUAACGUCCAUUUUCGCCAUCCUCUGGGCCCCGAGGAUUAUCAUGAUCCUUUACCACCUUUAUGUGUCUCCCAUCAACAACAGCUGGUCGGUCCACAUUGUCUCCGACGUGGCCAACAUGCUCGCGUUGCUCAACACCGCCAUCAACUUCUUCCUGUACUGUUUCAUCAGCAAGCGGUUCCGCACAAUGGCGGCUGUAACGCUGAAGGCGUUCUUCCGUUGUCAGAAGCAACCCGUCCAGUUCUAUACAAACCAUAACUUUUCGAUAACGAGCAGCCCAUGGAUAUCCCCGGCCAACUCCCACUGCAUCAAAAUGCUUGUCUACCAAUAUGAUAAAAAUGGGAAGCCUAUAAAGAUCUCUCCGUGA